ACCGGGAUUUUCUUCCUGGUGGUGUGCGCGUCCCCGUGUGUUGUCAUUCGUCGUGUCCUCACGUGUUUUGUGGGUAUAAAAGGGUUUGUGUUAGUAUCUGACAUGUCUUCUGGGUCUCCUGACAAACGGAGGAGGAUGGAGUCUGCGCUGAGCCAGCUGAAGCAGCACACGGUGGUGGUGGCGGACACCGGAGACUUUAACGCCAUUGAUGAAUACAAACCUCAAGAUGCAACAACAAACCCUUCUCUUAUCCUGGCAGCUGCCAAGAUGCCGGAAUACCAGAACAUGCUGGAUCAAGCCAUUAAAUACGGCAUUUCCAAAGGCGGAACUGAAGACGAGCAGGUGUCCAAUAUCAUGGACAAGCUUUUUGUUGGUUUUGGUCUUGAGAUCCUCAAGAAAAUCCCAGGCAGAGUAUCUACAGAGGUGGAUGCCAGAGUGUCUUUUGAUAAAGAUGAAAUGAUUGCCAAGGCAUUGAGGUUAAUUGCGCUCUAUGAGGAAGCAGGCGUAAGCAAGGACCGAGUCCUCAUCAAGCUGUCAUCAACAUGGGAGGGAAUCCAGGCAGGCAAUCUUCCUUCCUCUGUCCACGUCACACAGAACCUUUCUAGCCGUGCUCCUCACCACGGCUGCAGUCACUCCAUGGGAAGUGACCUGGAGAAGGUCCAUCUGGAUGAGAAAACAUUCCGCUGGCAGCACAACGAGGACCACAUGGCUGUGGAGAAACUGUCUGACGGCAUCCGGAGGUUUGCAGCUGAUGCCAUCAAGCUGGAGGACAUGAUCAAGGAGAAACUCUGUAACAUGAAGAAUGGCCAGUAACGGUCAGAUUGAACCGCCACGGUGACGGAGUUCUGACAUGUUCCAGGAUCCCGACACCCGGAGCCGUUUCCUGCUCUGACGUGAUCAUACUGCUGC